UGUCCCUCCUCUCCUCUCCUCUCCUCUCCUCUCUCCAUCUCCCUGUCUUUCUCUCCUCCUCCUCCUUUCAUUUAAACCUGGCCUCCAUUUGUCGAUCUUUCUCUUUUUUGCCAAAAUGUACCGGAACCCGUGGAUCAGCAGCUACUUGAGCCAUGUCAAGUUCUGUCAAGGACUUUCGGGGGACGCUCGAACCAAACUUGGGAGCCCCAAGCUUCAGCAGAGCAAGUCACUCAGCUUUCAGAAGGAGCUGUCUAUUGAGGACUCUGCUGACCUCAUCCAAAACAGUAAGGACAUCGAUGUCAAUCUCUUGGCCGUUCUUCCCAAAGUUUCAGAACUGAGGAAGCGUUUCGAGAGCAUCAGCGGCAGUGCCAGUGAUUGGGAAAUGAACAGGAAAGAGCGGAUAACGCGGCGUCUUGAGGGGAUCGAUGGCGAUCUCCAGCUCUCCAGCUGCACCAGCCUGGUGUCCAACCGGCUCCUGGAGGAGGACACCCCCCGAUACACACGUGCCACUGACGCCUGUGACCCCUGCAUGGUGUCUAUGCAGCGGCCCCUGAAGUCUGACGGUGACAUGGUGUUGGACGACCAGGUGGGCGUAGCCGAACGCCAGUCACGCUCCCGCACACGUGCAGACGGCCCUCCUCCCAGCCAGGCCCCGCUGCCGGACUCCAAGGCCGAGCGGAUCGCCCGCUACAAGGCCGAGCGGCGGCGCCAACUGGCCGAGCGCUACGGCAUCUCCCCGGAGCCCGAGGCGGAGCCCGACUACACCUCCCGCUACGCCGCCCGCCGCCGCCAGUCGGACGGCUCAGACCGGGGGGUCGCCCACGACAGACCCGCUGCCCCCGCGAAGGACGAGGAGCGGGGGGGUCACGGGCUGAGGUCCUCGCGCUCCUCCAGCCUGGUCGCGCACACACCACCAGAGACGGCGGCGCACACACACUCGUACGCGCACACACACUCGGCGGAGCGCCCGGAGGCGCUGUCGGAGCGUGAGCGCAGGAUGAACCUGGAGAACCAGCGGAGAGCGCAGGAGAGGGGGAUGGUGGGCGGGGGAGGGGGCGUGGCCUCACAGGACACUUCCUCAUACAUGGAUGUGUCGGGCUCCUCCCACAAGUCCUCCUCACCUGGGGAUUUGUUUAUCGAGCAGCAAGCACAGAGCAUCCUGCAGAGACAUGGCCCCAGCUGGUCACUGCAGACCGAUCGGGAGGGGGACACCCUGUCUCCCAUCAACUGGCCCUCCAGAAUCCGCGGCAGGGAGCGUGUUGGCCACCGCGAGCCACACACACACACCUCACCUCCAGGCCCUGCCCCCGCUCCCGUCCCCGCCCACACACACCGCACUGCGCCGCCUCCAGACUCCUACCUGUCCAUGAGCCGCGGAGCGAGGGAGCAGGAGGAGCCGGGGCAGACGCAGACGCAGACGGAGGCGCAGACGGAGGCGCAGACCCAGGGGCUCCUGCGCAGCCGCAAGGCGGUGCUCCCCUCGGAGGUGCGUCGCCGCGAGCGCAGCACGGAGGACCCCCGGCGCUCCUCCCCCCCCGAGAGCCGCCGUCCGCCGGCCGAGAUGACCGCCAGCCAGCCGACAACGGCGGCCAGAGACGCCAAGGCCAGAGCGGACGCCCACGGAUACGCACACGUGCCCGAACCACACGCGCACGCCUACACACACACCCCAGCGCACUCCCGUGCCCCUGAGUACACACACACCAUCACGCACGACACUGCACACCCGUCCGCCUACGCCCAGACCUCGACACACCCUCCUCCCUACACACAAGCUCCUGCGUACACACACCCCCCUUCACACACUCCCGCACACACAUGGACCCCCCAGCAAUCCAGUCUCGUACAUCCGCACGCCGACACGCACGCACGCACACACUCCCCAUCUGACAGCCUGGAGGAGUCUGAGGCGCGUGUGUCCGUGGCCCAGCUGCGCAGCUCCUAUGUGCAGGGAACCAGCGCCCCCUACCAGCGAAAGGCGGAACUUGAUGACCAAACGGAGGCGUUGCCCCCCGUUACGGCCGCGGCACCCUGGAGAACAGACAGGGCCGGCCGUCGCCCCCGGCGAUACAUCUUGCCCACUGAGAGUAGAAAGAGCUCCGAGAGGUUUAGGACCCAGCCAAUCACCUCCUCCGAGCGUCAGGAUUCCGAUAGGUCUGCUGUGAGCCCAGAGCCCUCCACUGGCGAAGUGGAUGAUGAGAAGCUGGAUGAGCGAGCAAAGAUGAGUGUGGCUGCCAAGCGAUCUCUCUUUCGGGAGCUGGAGCGAAGUGUGGAGGGUGGUGCUCCUAAGCUGUGUCCCAGUCGUAACGCAGCAGUGGAGCGCAGACUGAGGAGGGGGCAGGACCGCUCACGCACACAACCAAUCACCACUGAGGAGGUGGUCAUUGCUGCCACUGACCCUGGUCCUGCUCCUCAUUCUGUAAUGCGAGUCUCUAGUUCUACCGCUGUCACCAGCUCGUUGACCCAGCACAGCCUGCAGGCGUCAGCGCAGCACAGCCGGGAGACGCGGCAGGCGAGGGAACGGCAGGAGGAGCGCGAGGCCCAGGCCCAGGUGGCCGUGGACGUGCCCAGCUCCGUCUCCAUGGAGACGGCCAGCGAGGAGCCCGACCUGUCCACGCUCAGCCUGUCCGAGAAGAUGGCGCUGUUCAACCGCUUGGCGCAGCCACCGCCCGCCGUACCCCGAGGGAAGGGAGACACGCGGGCACGCCGGGGAAACGCCCGCUACCAGACCCAGCCAAUCACACUGGGAGAGGUGGAGCAGGACGGCUCUGACUCUGAGCUGAGUGACAUGGUGGUAGAAGUGUCCGACGACGAGCCAGAACACCUGCAGAAUGGUUCUAGCUCUUGUUCUAAGUUCUCCUCCGCGUUCAAGUCCACCACCGUCUCCACGGCGCACGCCGGCGACCUCCAGCUGGCCUCCGCUGCCCCUGGUGGUGGUGGUGCCGGUGGUGCCGGUGGGUACUAUGAGCGCACCGCCACUUCCCACGGACCUCCAGUCCCUCAAGGGCCUCUGGACCGCACCCCAGCCCAGACGGAGCAGCCGUCUCUAGGCAACAUCAAGCGGAAGCUCCCUUCUCCAGAGACCAGCGCCAAACAGCCUCCACUCGCCCAGCCCACGUACACACAUGGACAGCCUGCUGCAUACACACACCCAGCCUCUCAGAGCCACGCUGCAGACCAGCUGACCAGAGCAAAGGCUAAAGGACAAGACCUUCCGGAGCUCGCAGCGCCUGUGCACUUGGUGGAAACACAGUCACAGCAGCAUCCCGGCAGUAGAAGUGUAUCCAGCGCUCCACACACACACUCGCACACACACCCCGCUUACGCACACACACAGCCCUCAGCUCCGCAGCAUCAGGAGCCCGCGUGGCACACAGACGGAGGGAGAGACAGAGAGAGGGAGAGGGAGCAAGAGAGGGAGGAGGAAAGAGAGAAACAGCCUGACAUCGAGACACCAGAUGAGCUCGCAGACGUCAUGUCUGCCAGACAGAUGUCCAUCAAAGAGAGGCUGGCCCUCCUGAUGAAGAACGGUGAGGAUGACUGGAGAAACCGCAUCAACAAGAAGCAGGACGUGGUGCGGGUGGCCAUCUCCGAGCGCCACGCCCAGCUCUGGGAGGUGGAGCAGAGCUUCAAGAAGAAGGAUGGAGGAAUCAUGAUAGAUGACUUUGCUGUAUCUGAUCAGCUCUGGGAUCCUGUCUUUUCCUCUGCCCUCUCCUCCCUCACUGAUGACAGCCAGGUGGGCUUUGCUCCUCCAGGCCAGGCGAGCCCCCCCCAAUCUCCCCUCAUGGAUGAGCGUCAUCCCUGGAGACGGAAGAGGAUCGAAGAGGAGGCUGAGCGGAUAGAAAUGAGCAUUCAGGAGCGCAAACGACUCAUCAGCGAACAGCAGGAGGCCUCCAAGGUCAAGGGUCACGGAGUUGCCAACGACUCCACGCAGUUCACCGUGGCCGCACGCAUGGUCAAGAAAGGUCUGGCAGACCCCACUGCACUAAGUGCCCCAGCGCCUGCUGCCCUAACCUCCAAGAACAAGAACCACACACAUCCCAUCAAGCCACAGGAGGAGAUUGAGGUCACAGGGAAUGUGACUGUGGAGUCAGACAGGAAACUGGAUAAGCUGGAGUCUUUCCUGGAUAGACUCAACAGCAAAGUGGCCGGUCUGCCAGAGUCCACUCUUACAUUGACUCAAAAGGGAGUGAAGGAGGUGAUGCAGCUGGAUGAUGAGAUCUUCUCCAAGUUCUACUCUCAUACACAGCAGAUUAGCCACUCUGCUGCUGUGGAGAUCAGUGGAGAUUUUGACGCCAUCUUUGAUCCAAACACACCCAAGUUGACGUCUGAGAUGGUGCAGCACAAGCGGGCGGUGCGACCCCUCAAGAAGGUGCAGUCGUCCAGGAACCCUCUGAAGAUGCUGGCGGCCAGGGAUGACAUCAGGCACGAGUACACUGAACAGCGCCUCAACAUCGGCCUGCUGGAGAGCAAGAGGAUGAAGCAAGAGAAGUUGAACAAAGGCUCUGGUGGUUUCUCGGAUGUGGCUCUGGCUGGCUUGGCCAGCAAGGAGAACUUCAGCAACGUGAACCUGCGCAGCGUCAACGUGUCUGAGCAGUCGUCCAACAACAGCGCCCUGCCCUACAAGAAGACCAUGCUCGUCCAGGUCAAAGGUCGUCGUCAUGUGCAGACCCGUCUGGUGGAGCCCCGGGCCUCAUCUCUGAACAGUGGAGACUGCUUCCUGCUCAUCACCCCACACCACUGCUUCAUCUGGACCGGCGAGUUUGCCAAUGUCAUCGAGAAGGCCAAGGCUGCGGAGCUGGCACAAUUUAUACAGACGAAGCAUGACCUUGGCUGUCGGGCCUCGUAUGUCCAGACCGUUGAGGAGAGCGUGAACACAAGCAGUCAUGCUCACAGAGACUUCUGGAAGAUUCUAAGAGGACAGACCAGCUACCAGUUGGCCGGCCCUCCUGAGGAAGACGAGCUGUACGAGAGUGCCAUAGUGGAGACAAACUGUGUGUAUCGGCUGGUGGAGGACAAGCUGCAGCCUGAUGAUGACUACUGGGGCAGAGUCCCACGCUGCAGCCUGCUGCAGUCAAAAGAGGUGCUGGUGUUUGACUUUGGCAGUGAGCUGUACGUGUGGCACGGCCGUGAGGUGACGCUGGCUCAGAGGAAGUUGGCCUUCCAGCUGGCCAAACACCUGUGGAACAGCAGCUUCGACUACACCACCUGUGACAUCAACCCCCUGGACCCGGGAGAGUGCAACUCACUCAUACCCAAGAAAGGCCAGGGCCGUCCGGACUGGGCGGUAUUUGGGCGUCUGACGGAGCACAAUGAGACGACUCUGUUUAAGGAGAAGUUCUUGGACUGGACGCAGAAAGCACCCAGCAACCAGCAGCAAACAGACAACAAGGAGCAGUCCGGUCCAGAACUCAAACCGUAUGACGUCUCUGUGAUGCUUGCGGCACCAAGAGCCCCCAUGCGGACCCUAUUGGAUGGCGCUGAUGUGGGGCGGGGCUACGGUCUGGUGGAUGGAGAGGAUGGGCGGAGCUUUGAGGUCAGCACACUGGGGGUGGAGGCGUGGCACAUCCUGGAGUUUGACUACAGCCGGCUGCCCAAUCAGAGCGUGGGACAGUUCCACGAGGGAGACACCUACGUGGUCAAAUGGAAGUACAUGAUCAGCACAGCAGUGGGGAAGAGGCUGAAUUCGGAGCGUGUGAUUGGCCCAGGGAAGGAGCGCUGUGUGUACUUCUUCUGGCAGGGAAGGAACUCCAGCGUGAGUGAGAAGGGCACCUCAGCGCUCAUGACCGUGGAGCUGGACGAGGAGAGAGGAGCACAGGUCCAAGUGCUACAGGGGAAGGAGCCGCCGUGUUUUCUGCAGUGUUUUAAUGGAGGCAUGAUUCUCCACGCAGGAAAGAGAGAGGAGGAGGACGAUAACUCCCAGAAUGACUGGCGGCUGUACUGUGUGCGUGGCGAGCGGCCGAUAGAGGGCCACCUGCUGGAGGUGGCGUGCCACUGCAGCUCUCUGCGCUCGCGAGCCUGCGUGGUGCUUCUGAACGUCACCAAGGCCACGCUCUACCUCUGGCACGGCUGCAAGACGCAGACACACACGCGUGAGGUGGCACGCACCGCAGCCAACAAGAUCAAGGAGAAGUGUCCUCUGGAGGCGGGGCUCCACUCCAGCUGUAAGGUGAGCAUUCUGGAGUGUGAGGAAGGCUAUGAGCCAACCGGCUUCUUUGAUGCCCUCGGGGGGCGGGACCGCAGGGCCUACGACUGCAUGCUGCAAGAUCUAGGGAAGUUCCGCUUCACUCCGCGUCUGUUCCAGCUGAGCAGCAGCUCUGGGGAGUUUGUGGCUCAGGAGCUUCUCUGCCCAUUCAGAGUGUCGGGCCAGACCAACGCCCUGCCCUUCCUGCAGGAGGACCUCUACACAGCACCACAGCCAGCGUUGUUCCUGGUGGAUAACCAUCAUGAGGUGUACCUGUGGCAGGGCUGGUGGGCCGAGGACAGUGAGAGCACCGGCUCCGCCCGCAUACGCUGGGACGCCGACAGGAAGUGCGCCAUGGAAACAGUCCUCCACUACUGCACAGAGAAGAAUGAGGUGAAGCCACCCAAGUCGUACCUGAUCCACGCAGGGCUGGAGCCGCUCACCUUCACCAACAUGUUCCCCUGCUGGGACCACAGACCCGAAAUCGCCCAGAUCACCGAGAAGGAAGCAGAGGUGUGUAAUCAGAUCAUCCUAGUGGAAGACGUUCUGGCCCGCCUCUGCAAAGCCACCUACCCAUUGGCUGAUCUGUUGGCCCGCCCCCUGCCAGCAGGCGUCGACCCACUGAGACUGGAGAUUUAUCUAUCAGACGAAGACUUUGAGGGAUCCCAGUCUUUUAUCUGACAGGUUAACUUUUCACUUCACCUUCCAGGGUGUAGGGUGUUAGGAGAAGAAAGCACUCGAGAUGACGAGAAGUGAGUAUGAAGCACUGCCGGGGUGGAAGCAAGUGAAUAUGAAGAAAGCCAAAGGAUUGUUUUGAUGGACAUAAAGACUUUAA